AUGAGACUUCAUACAACCGCAAAGUCGGCCACACUGUUGGCCGUGCUCCUGCACAAGGACGCCAUUGCCUUUACUACUUCUCCAACAAGAUGUGAGGAUGGAAGAAGACAGCCAAGACCAUCGUUUCGCACGUUUUCUCCCAGCCAUCAGCUGUCCAUGACAAAGAAUACUGAUGAUGGAGACUUUGCCAGCAAUACCAGAAGUAUCAAUGACAAUCAACGGAGGGCCCUGUUGGCGGGCAUUGGAGGAUUGGCGGCUACUCUCGGCUUGCAACCGGAGCCAGCCAAUGCUCUACUGGGUGGUGGCGCCACCGUUGUGGAUGCCGCAGAAGCAAGAAGAAUUGAAGUCUUUGAAAAAGUCGCUCCUUCGGUCGUCUUUAUCGAUACCUUUACCGAACGGAGAGAUGUCUUUACUACCAAUGUCAUGGAAGUCCCCUUGGGAACUGGCUCUGGAUUUGUGUGGGAUAAUGAUGGACACAUUGUCACAAACUUCCAUGUGGUCCGGGACGCCAAAUUUGCUCAGGUUGCCAUUUUGACCAAGGGUGGAGGCGGCAUCAACAACAAACCACAACCUCGGCUGACAUCGGCCACUCAAAAUCCAUUCGAAACUCCUCCCACAUCGGUUGACAGUGUAUUGCCCUAUACGUCCAUGAGACCCAACAGUGAUGCAUCACGGUCGGUCUACAAGGCCAGAGUAGUCGGUGUAGAUCCCAGCAAAGAUAUUGCCGUACUCAAAGUGGAUGCACCCAAGAAUGAACUCUUCCCAAUCUCGGUGGGGACAUCCACGGGGAUCAAGACGGGACAGCAAGCUUUGGCCAUUGGGAAUCCAUUUGGAUUGGACCAUACUCUCACAGCAGGUAUCAUCAGUGGAGUAGGCAGAGAAGUUAGAAGUCCCAUUGGCAGGCCUAUAUCCAAUGUCAUUCAAACUGACUGCGCCAUCAACCCAGGGAACUCGGGUGGACCACUCUUGGAUUCUUCAGGGAAACUCAUUGGAAUGAACACAGCAAUCUACUCGCCUUCGGGAGCCAGUUCAGGUAUUGGCUUCGCCAUUCCAGCAGACACCGUCAAGUUCAUUGCCGAAACGCUCAUUCGAGAUGGUCAAGUGGUCCGUCCAGUGCUGGGCAUUUCGUACUUGGAAUCGAAACAAGCCAAAGCUCUGGGUAUCCAGAGUGGUGUGUUGGUGUUGGACGUUCCAGAGGAUAGUGCCGCCUAUAGAGCUGGUAUGAGAGGUACUCGAAGAACCGAGUCUGGGCUGAUUGAACUAGGCGACAUCCUUUCCAAAGUGGGCGACACGGUCAUCAACACGGAAUCAGACUUGUUCCGAGCCUUGGAAAACUACAAACCUGGCGAUAAGAUCGAUAUCACGGUCAACCGAGUGUCCGUGGAUCCUACCAGCACCAACACGGGUGUGACACUGAAAGAAUUGAAAAUAACCAUGCCGCUUCAGUCGUCGGUCGACAUUGAACGAAAGAUGAAUCUGUACUCGGCACCACCUCGGUUAGUGCCACAACAAUAA